UCGGCUGCUGCCAGUGCCGCCGCCGCCGUCUAACAGCGGUCUGUGAUGGCGAAUGUGGCCACGAAGGUGUCGUGGUCUGGGCGGGAGCGAGAGGUGGAGGGCCAAGGAGAGACUACGCCGCUGCUUAAUGGCACGGCAAGCCCCUCCAAGCCCCGGCAGCUCACACCGUCGUCAUCUUCUACACGCCUUGGACACUUGAGCGAUGUAUAUCUUGAUGAAGACUCUGAACUGGAAUUGGAUGCCCCUUGCUCCCUUCCCCAUGAAAUACCACACAACGAGAAGCUCCUCUCUCUAAAGUACGAGAGCUUGGACUACGAUAACUGUGAGAACCAGCUGUUCCUAGAAGAGGAAAGGAGGAACCAUACAGCCUUCCGGACGGUGGAGAUCCGGCGCUGGGUCAUCUGUGCCCUGAUUGGGAUUUUCACCGGCCUCGUUGCAUGCUUCAUUGACAUUCUUGUGGAAUGCUUAGCGGGAUUGAAGUACAAAGUGGUGAAGGGCAAUAUUGACAGGCUCACAGAGAAAGGAAGCCUGUCUUUCGCUCUGCUGCUCUGGGCCGCCCUGAAUGCUGGUGUCGUAAUGGUGGGCUCCUUGAUUGUGGCUUUCAUUGAGCCUGUGGCUGCUGGAAGCGGAAUCCCCCAGAUCAAGUGCUAUCUCAAUGGAGUGAAGGUCCCCCACGUGGUCCGGUUGAAGACGCUGGUGAUUAAAGUCUGUGGAGUGAUCUUGUCUGUAGUUGGAGGCCUGGCCGUCGGAAAGGAAGGGCCAAUGAUCCACUCCGGUGCCGUUAUUGCAGCUGGGAUUUCUCAGGGAAGGUCAACAUCUUUAAAAAGAGACUUCAAGAUCUUUGAGUACUUCCGGAGAGACACGGAGAAGAGAGACUUUGUCUCAGCCGGAGCAGCUGCAGGUGUCUCGGCUGCCUUUGGAGCCCCAGUUGGUGGCGUUCUGUUCAGCUUGGAAGAAGGUGCUUCCUUUUGGAACCAGUUCCUGACCUGGAGGAUUUUCUUUGCCUCCAUGAUCUCCACCUUCACUCUGAAUUCCAUACUGAGCAUCUACCACGGUAACCCAUGGGAUCUGUCCAGCCCGGGGCUCAUCAAUUUUGGCCGCUUUGAUUCUGAGAAGAUGGGAUACACGAUCCAAGAAAUCCCAAUCUUCAUACUCAUGGGAGUAGUGGGUGGAAUUCUUGGCGCAGUGUUCAAUGCCUUGAACUACUGGCUGACGAUGUUCCGGAUCAGGUACAUCCACCGCCCAUGCUUGCAGGUGCUUGAGGCCAUGCUGGUGGGGGCUGUGACAGCAGCAGUUGGGUUUGUGAUGAUCUACAGCUCCCAAGACUGCCAGCCCCUCCAAGGCAACAGGGUGACUUAUCCACUCCAGCUGUUCUGUGCUGAUGGAGAAUACAACUCAAUGGCCACAGCCUUCUUCAAUACACCUGAGAAAAGCGUGGUCAGCCUCUUCCAUGACCCUCCAGGGACCUAUAACCCCAUGACCUUAGGCAUGUUCACUUUGGCCUAUUUCUUCCUGGCUUGCUGGACCUACGGAUUGACGGUGUCUGCUGGGGUCUUCAUCCCUUCGCUGUUGAUCGGGGCUGCCUGGGGCCGUCUCUUUGGCAUCUCCUUAUCCUACACCAGUGGCUGGAUCUGGGCUGACCCAGGGAAAUACGCCUUGAUGGGAGCUGCUGCUCAGUUGGGGGGGAUUGUCCGGAUGACGCUGAGCCUGACGGUUAUCAUGAUGGAGGCGACAGGCAACGUCACCUAUGGCUUCCCAAUCAUGCUGGUGCUCAUGACAGCCAAGAUCGUGGGGGAUUAUUUCGUCGAGGGCCUGUAUGACAUGCACAUUCAGCUGCAGAGCGUCCCCUUCCUGCACUGGGAAGCACCUGUCACCUCACACUCGCUCACUGCCAGAGAGGUAAUGAGCACUCCAGUUACCUGCCUGCGCCGGGUGGAGAAAGUGGGCACCAUUGUGGACAUUCUCAGUGACACAAGUUCCAACCACAAUGGGUUCCCGGUGGUAGAGAGCGUCCCAGAUGCCAAGCAGACCUUGGGCCUGCGAGGGCUGAUCCUACGUUCCCAGCUGAUUGUUCUGCUGAAGCACAAGGUCUUUGUGGAGCGCACCAGCCUGUCCUUGGUACAUCGGCGGCUGAAGCUGAAGGACUUCCGGGAUGCCUACCCCCGCUUCCCUCCUAUCCAGUCCAUCCACGUCUCUCAGGAUGAGCGCGAGUGCAUGAUGGACCUGACGGAAUUCAUGAACCCCUCACCCUACACGGUGCCUCAGGAGGCCUCCCUCCCAAGGGUCUUCAAGCUGUUCCGGGCACUGGGUUUGCGCCACCUGGUGGUGGUCGACAAUCAAAACCAGGUGGUUGGACUGGUCACCAGGAAGGAUUUGGCCAGAUAUCGAAUGGGGAAAGAGGGCUUGGAGGAGCUGUCCCUGGCUCAGACAUGACCGCCCCGGUGUCCCAAGGCUUUGCUGUACAUCAUGGUCUCCCUAUGGCCCAGCCCUGCUGCUCGUGAGAGGCUGCUAUGAGGGAAGCUGACCUGUGCCCUGCCUCUAGCAUCUCACCAUGUGCCCCUGGCCUCCCCCUAGGGGCUGUUGGUUUUCCUUCAGGGCUGCCUCCCUCUCUCUCCUCCUCUUCCUCUUGUCUCAUGUUCUUAGGAUCAAGUAGGCCGUAGGCAUCAUGGUGGAACCGCAGUGGGAUUCUGGAGGGUUUUCGAAGAAGCACUUUCCUAGCAGUGCCCUUUCUGUCGCGGCCCAGUUCUGAGCAGGCCUUCCUCUUACCCAGCUCCUGCCAACUGUGCCUUCUUUCCAGUUGCCCUUCUCAGGUCUGGGACUUGACCUGUACAGAGCCAGCCCAGAGAAUCUUGGCUGGAGUUUCCUAAGGCUUUGGGGCUUCCUUCCCAUGGCUGAGUAUCCAUGUGUGUACGAAGGAUGACUUUGACCCCACUUGGCAACCUGUCAUCCCAGACAUGCCUGUCUUCCUCUCCUGACCCCAACACCAUGCAGGGGAGGGUUGGGGGUGGCCUGUCCUGGCAGCAGCCCCAGCUCUGUCUUUCUCCAUGCCUCCUUUGCAGAGAGCCCCCACAAUCAGAAUCUUCUCACCUUUCCUAGCAUUUCUGGGGCUGACUGGGGAAAACCUUAAGGCAUUUAGCCCCCUGAAUUGCCAGCUGAAGAGCAGGAUGGAGGGUGGCAUUAACUGCUUGCAGGGUUUCUGCCUUCCUUGGCAUGUGUUUCUGCAGCCUCUCUCUGGCUUGGAAGUCUCUACCUGCUUGCAGAAGGGAGGUGCCUCUCCUAUCUCUGUCUGUCCCGAUGGAUUUUCCUGGGUUGUUGAAGUUCCUCUGGGAGCUGCUUGAGGCCUUGAACUCCUAGCGCAGGAUAUCUUGAUAGCAGAGGGCGAGCUUCUUCACUCAGCAAGGGGCUGGAAGCCAUGUCAGCCUGUCCCCAGCCUGUCUGCAAGGAGGAGAGGAAACCAGACAGGCUAGAUGGAGGGGCAGGGUGUGCCUCCCUGGGCAGGCAGCAGUCCCCAGCCCCUCUGCCCUGUUGCCCUGGGGGUCUUGGUUGUCAGCUGCCGGCCUGCCUGCCUGUCUCCUAGGCUCUUUUCCUUAAUGUGAGCCACCACAGUUGAAAAUAUACCUUUUUGUGCUGGAAUAAAAACCUAUUUAUACUUUU